UUGGACAGUGCGGGCCGAGCGUACGUUAAAUUACGUCAUCACGCAACCAAUCGACCUGUCCUUGAAGGAAUAAAGCAGUCAAAAUGGUUGCAUACUGGAGACAGGCAGGCCUGAGCUACAUCCGCUUCUCUGCUAUCUGCGCCAACGCUGUGCGGGCUGCGCUGAAACCGCAGUUCAGAACCGAGGCACUAAAGGCCGCAGAAGCCAGCGUCAAAAUCACAAAGCCCAAAACAGCAUGAUGUGAAGCUGUUGUGUAAAUAGUUUCUUCCUGGUUUUUGAGGCCCUGUUUCCCUCCUGUCCUUCAAAACAUGGAGAAGAAGAGUUUGGAGAACAUCUGGAACCACAUGUUAGCAACUGGGACCUGAAUGAAAUUGAUCUUUAUAUGUAAUUAAAAAUGGCCAUCAUGAA